AUGUAUCACCAGACCGUAUCAGCCGUCCUCACGGGCCUGCUCUACACUACCCACGUCAUGGGAUCCAAUAACGCGGCAGACGCACAGCCAGGACGCGUCCUAGCCGCCCGCCAACAAUCGGCAGACUGCACGGCGGGCAUAUCCUCUGUGCUCAGCGCGUUUCCCCGGGGCACCGGCGACGCCAUCAGCUACGUCGAGUCGGCGCUGGCCACGGGCACCAACGGCGGCAGCGGCGGCGUCAACCCGACGCAGCUCUGCGAGGCCAUCAACGCGCUGCCGUCGUCGCAGCAGUCGGAGAUCUCCGACUACGAGAGCUCCGUGACCUCGUGGCUCAGCGCCGAGGGCUCGCGCAUCGACUCGCUCGUCUCGUCGUGUCCAAACGAUACGGCCGUUUCGAGUCUGGCCUCGGUCACUUCGGAGCUUAGUGCCUAUGCCAGCGGCUGCAAUGCUAGUAAUAGUAGUAGCAGCAGCAGCGCCGGCAGCGGCAGCAGCAAUGCCACGACCACCACCUCCGGCGGAGGAGGAGGUGUAGGAGGAGUAGGAGGAGGCGGAAGCCAGUCUAGCGGAACGGGCACCUCUGGAACAACCGCCGGUGCUGGUACCCAGACCGGGACCCCAGCUGGUGUCACGGGAACUUCUGGCGGCAAUGCUGCGUCAAAGGACCCAGCCUUUGUCAUUGGUGCCGCUGCCAUCGCGGGCGUCAUGGGCGUGGCCGUUUUCUUGUGA